AGACGCCUUCACUGUGAUGCUCACAACGUCCACUUUGAAGUUUGCGCUGCUUUUCCAUCACCUGUAUGUUACAAAACUAACACUGUCUUCGCUGCGGGUGUCUCGAAAUGAAACUGAGAAGAUUACAUGUUUGAGGGCUUCGAGACCGCCAAAGAGGAAAAGCCUGGCUUGCUUGCUAUCAUUGAAUUUGAGGUUUCGGAAAUACUUUGACAGGAAUCCAACAUUGCAGCAAAUCCACUAGGAGGCGGCGGAGGUAUGUGCCGGCUAUACCAUACUCACCAUACAUGAGUGGUAGCAUGUUCUAUCGAGGUUCAGUGCUGCUGAAUGUGUUGAAUAUCGUCGUUAUUUGGAGAAGGAAGUUUUUUAAACAAGUCAUAAUUCGGGGAGACAUGCUUCAAUACGUCAUCCUCAACAUAAAGUGACUAGAUUGACCACUUUGCUCGUAAUCGUUGUUAUCCUCGUGGCAGCAGCGUGAUUUCCUCGUGCCGUCUUGAACAACUCUCCCAUAACUAUGUUCGCAACUGUUUCUGUGUUUCAUUUCCUCAUCACUGCUACGGCUCCCCCUUCGUCAGGUACCGUCUCUCUCACUCCGAUGUCUAUACUCAAUGCUAAGCUUGGAAAUCUUUGCAGACAGACAUUCCCUUCCCCUUGUUUUGUUCUGUCGGGCAAAUCGAUGGAAGAUGUUCAGGCUUUAAGUCAUCUCUUACACUCGUCAACCCUGGAUGACCCUUCCAUCACCAAGCUACCCAAUGAAGUGCUCGAGCAAGUCUUUCUUCACCUCGAAACAGCAUCAUUCAUGCUCAAAAUUGAUGGACACCUGGGAUCAAUUCGUGGCUUUCAUUAUGCCUCGUCCGUCAUGAUUGAUAUCAAGUCGCCAUCCACUGUCCACAUCUCUGGACAGAAAUCACAUAUCUCUCUCGCCGCGUUCCCUCCGAUGUCAGUGCAAAUUUCAUCCUUAUCAUCGGCGAGAUGAAAAGCAGGGAGAAGGAACUCACGAUCAAUCCUGGAUCUUUCUCGCGGCAUAGGCACCUCCGUUGAACGGAAGAUCAUCUCUUAGUUACUGAAAUAAAAGGCAUUAGAGCUACCUUGAG